GUCCGCAACUCCGGAAACACCUCAUGUACUCAGGUGCACCCCCUGAACACUCAGAUACACAGGCAGGAGGGUCCCCCUGCUCCUGCGCAGCCAGUGUGACAACAUAUCAGGCCGCCAUGGGCUCUCUCCAGAGGGUGCCCGCCUGGAGGCGCUGCUACCCGAUGGAGACUGGCAGGGAGGACGGGUCAGGCCCGUGUCACAGGUCACCAGGGUGUUCCUGCUCCUGCCGGAUAUGGGGCUUCUGCGGCCAGAGUGGUGGCUGGCAGCUGGGCUUCCUACAGCGCAGGGAGCUGUCACUUGCAGCCACCCUCCUGCCCACGCUGAGCCAUGGCGGGGGUGGAUCCGGGACCCCAAUUCCCUACGGGGCGCCUCAGUCCUGAACGACGGGGCUUGCAGACCUGGGUCUGAGGGUGCACGGGGGACAAUAAUGGGGACCCCAGGGCACGGUCGCGCUGGAAAACACCAGCGCAAUACUUAUCUCGCACUGCGGUUGUGCUGAACUAGCACCGGCUCCAGACGGGAGGUGUGGCCACCCGCAGACCGCGCCCAAGGCCCCACCCUCGUCACACCCUUCCGGUUCGCCGGAAGUCGUGCGGGCCGGACCGUUUUCGGGAAGACGACGCUGCGUAAGGGCCAAGUUUUGAGCUUUUGGCUAAGGCUCGUGGGGCGCGGGGCAGGGACCCGGAGUAAAAGCUAAAAUUGAGCUCAGACGCACAGAUCUGACGGUUCCUCGGGAACAAGGUCGGACCACAGAACUGUCCUGGCUUCCUCGUGAGGGAGUUCCUAGCUGAAGGUGGGGGCAGCGUUUAAAAGGCUUUGUAGGACUGAGUCCCUACCUAUCCACGUCUGACUUAGCUCCCUACAAAGUGUCCCGUGGUGGGGAAAUCCCGAGGCAGAAGGUGGGGGCCGCGUGCCCUCUUCGUUCUUUUCUCCUCUGGGGAAUUUAGAACGGCCCCUUGGCCGCUGGCUCCGCGUCGCCUUCGGUUGAGGGCAUACCCCGAAGUGGCCCUUCCGAAUCCGCCGGGACGGUGCGGCGCUUCACCAUGGCGACGGCCGGGGUCCGGCGCCGCUUCUGCCGCUGCGCCUGCUUCAGCACCGAGAACCUGUACGUGGCGCGCUAUGGGCUGCACCUCCGCUUCCUAGACGAGCAGCAGCUGCGCCAAGACUACGGCCCUGGUGGAUAGCCUCUCCGCAGUGAGUUGUCUCGAGAAGAAAUGCGUGAACUCACGUGUAGGCUGCUCUGCUGGUAUUGGCGGGGCAGCUGGUAACUUAAGGUCACCUCGGAUGAUCCUGGCUCGUCCUGGCUCCCAUCUCCAUUUUCAGGAGGGUAACGGAGGCUCGGGGACAUCACGGGACUUGCCCAAGGCCACACAGUCACACUUACUGUCUGUCUGUCUUCUUUCAGAUCCUGCACAGCCGAGGCUGUGUCAGCAACGAGGACUUCCAGCAGCUCUUAGUGGAGAGGAGAAGCGCAUCUACCGUGUGCCCGUGUUCACGGCGCCCUUCUGCCAGGCCCUGCUGGAGGAGCUGGAGCACUUCGAGGAGUCGGACAUGCCCAAGGGAAGGCCCAACACCAUGAACAAUUACGGGGUGCUGCUGGAUGAGCUAGGCCUGGAUGAGCCGCUGGUGACGCCACUGCGGGAGCGCUUCCUGCAGCCCCUGAUGGCCCUGCUGUACCCAGACUGCGGCGGGCCCUGGCUGGACAGCCACCGUGCUUUUGUGGUCAAAUACGCGUGGGGUCAGGACCGGGAGUUGGGCUGCCACUAUGAUAACUCGGAGCUCACCCUCAAUGUGGCCCUGGGCAAGGCCUUCACAGGAGGCGCCCUAUACUUCGGGGGGCUCUUCCAGGUGAGUGCACCCCAUGGGGCAAGGAUGGGAGCAGCAUACCUGUGGGUGCACAGGCCUGAGCCCUGCCAUCUGCAGGCACCUGCAGCCCUGAUGCAGCCCCUGGAGGUGGAGCACGUGGUGGGCCAGGGUGUCCUGCACCGGGGUGGCCAGCUGCAUGGGGCCCAGGCCCUGGGCACUGGCGAGCGCUGGAACCUCGUCGUCUGGCUCCGGGCCUCUGCUGUGCGAAACCGCCUGUGCCCCAUGUGCUGCCGGGAGCCGGACCUGGUGGACGAUGAGGGCUUCGGUGACGGCUUCACCCGGGAGGAGCCCCCCAUGGUGGAUGUGUGUGCGCUGACUUGAGCAGUUUGGCUUAGCAGUGGGGAGGGGCUGGCAGGGAAGGUGAGGGCUUUGCCACCUUGGGCCAGGAGGGGAGAAUAAAUUCCCUGCAGCCAAGGCACUUGGAUCAGCAGGACACACCGGCUUCUAGGUCAUUCUGUGGCAGACAGGCUGGCUCAGCACAGAUUCACUGGAAGCAGAGCUAGUGUGGCUUCAUGGAGGGGGAACCUGGAGAGGUACGAGUCCUUUCACCCAGAGCGGGUGAAGGGCAGGGAUGGAGCCACUGGCCUGGUUCAUUCACUUCCGACUGUGUGGCUGUGGAUGACACAAUGGGCCUGUGUGUGCUCUGGGCGCUGUGGUGAGGAUCCGGUGAGUUAGAGCUUAUAAAGUGCUUUGUAAGAGC